GCUCGGCGUGUCCACUCGGCCGGGACACGGACCGUGGCUGAAAACUUCGAAAAAAUGGGAAAAGUAACAGGAGCGAAGACUUUAUCGUCGCAUCCGCUGCGGAGAUAAAAGAACAACGGCGAUGGAUCCGCAUGUUUAACCCCACGAAGUGUUUCCCCAACUGACAAUGGUAUCGAAGGAGGAGGAAAAAACGCAGAUUUUCUCGCAAAUCCAUUGAAAGUAAUUUUUUUUUACUCAUGGAGAAAGGAGCCAGUCGGGAGUCAUGAGCACAGGUGUGAAGAAGCCGCCGUUAGCUCCCAAACCUAAACUCCCCGGUACCACCAAACCCUCCCCUCCACCCAUCGCCCCUAAGCCGGGUCUUGUUUCGCCGACGUCGGCCGCCUCCCAGCCUUCCCCGGCGACCCUCAAGAGGGAGAAGCCGGCCGUCGCUCCCAAGCCAUGCAUCCCAAAAUCCGCGGCCUCCUCUCCGCCCGUUUCGCCGCCGCCCCCCAAACCCACGGACGCCCUGACCCUAUCUCAGGAACAGCAGGAGGCUUUCGCUGAUAGCCUCACUCUCCUCAACUCCAAAAAUGGGAUUUUAUCAGAGAGCAGCAGCAGCAGCAGCAGACGUGAGUCGGAUUACAUCAUUCCCACCUGCUCCUGCGAACUCCGGGACUGUUCCCAGUGCCAGUCGCUGGAAAACGGCACCGAGGUCGGGGGCGGUUUGCACAAAGAGCCGAUGCAGAAUGGGAUUAAUACAGGAGGAAUUACAGCGAAGCGGGAAAAAGAGAAAGGAGAAAACGGAGAGGAGGGCGUAGAUGAGGGUGAUGGUGCACGGAUUAGCAGAAAGCCCAGGGACAAACCUCAAAGACAGAGACAUCUAGACAGGGGGUUGGUGAACAGAGAGGCCCAGAGGACUGAGAGGGUAAAACACUGGGGAAGUUCUGGCGCUGAUCCCGACGCGAACGUUCACGCGGACGUAACAAACUCAAAGUCGACCUGUGAUGUUGCAGGCAGCAUCAUUGCCUUUUCGAGCGUCGCCCUGCGCGAGUCCUCGGCGGAGCACUUUCAAGUAGAGAGCGGCGAUCCCUUCAUCGGCAAAGCGUCUCCCACCAGGCUGCUCCCCGAUCUGCUGGUCCCCGCCGCCCCCAGCAAACCCCUCCCGGUCCCGCAGCCACGGAGGUUUAAGAAGCCGGCCCUGGUGAGGCAGGACGGCGUGGAGGAACAAAAACACGGAGCCGAGACGCAGGAAUCCGGUGUGUCUCGUGACGACCCCUCGACCCGCCGAGACUCAGGUUUACAAGACGAUGAGGUGGACGCGCCCGUGCCGCCCCCUCGCCAGACCUCGCUCUCGCCGCGCCUCCACCGGACAGUCCACGCGCCGCACCCUCUAAACAAAAACACCUCCCACUCCCUGGACCUGCUCUCGCAACCCGACUCACCGAGCCACAGGGCGGAGGGCGAGGGCCGCGGGGAGCAGGAGGACGAGGAGGACGGCUACGGCGACUUCGAGCGGUACCCGAUCACCCACAGCCUCCCGAAGCAGAUCAAGCUGGGCUGCCAGCCCAGGAGGGCGUUCUCCGCCGACGACGGUGACGACCAGCAGCAGUCGCCGAGGGCGCCGCCCAGGAAGCCCCAGCGCCACAGCCUCCCCGCGCCCCCUCCGCCGUCCGUCUGCCCCCCGGCGCCGCCGCACGCCAACACGCCCAUGAGGGAGCUGCCCGCGCCGCCGCAGGAGAAGACGCCGUGGCGCUUCACCCGACCCUGCGUCACCUUCUUCAGCAGGCAGAUCCCCACGAGGAGCAGCGUGCCGCCGAAGAGCCGAGCCCCGGCGCUGGGCGGGAAGCAGCGGGCCCAGUCCUUCUCCGCCGCCGACCUGGCGACCCGGCACGGCUCCCAGAAGAGGAGCCUCUCUUUCCGGAAGCUGCUGGAGCUCCGGCUGUCGGUGAAGAUGCUGCCGAAGCUGCUGGCGAAGGGGGGGCAGUCGCUGGACUGCACCAGCGUGGAGUCGAUCCGGGGGGAGCGGAGCCUGGAGCGGCCCAGCAGCUGCAUCGGCGAGGCCGACAUCCGCGGCGAAGGCGUGGAGGAGUCGGUGGAGUACGAGAACGUGCCGCUGUACGAGGAGAUCCCGGAGUAUAUGAACCUGCCGUUUCACAGCGCCAGGCUGGGAUGGCCGCACGACCCGGACGACUCGGACAUCUACGAGGUGCAGGAUCCCUACCACAGGUGUCAGGACCACGAGUACGAGAGCGGGUGGCUGGGGCAGGACGUCCACUCCGAGGAAGACGAGAUCCACAGCUCGGACGAAGAGGACAACAGCUCCACCUCCAGCAAGGAGCACCUGGAUGAAGCGGACAGACAGCAGGAGGACGAGAUGAAGAGGAAGAAGGUGGUGCACAUCGCUCAGGAAAUCAUGAGCUCCGAGAAAGUGUUUGUGGACGUCCUGAAGCUCCUCCACAUAGACUUUCGGGAUGCUGUUGCCAAGGCAACGCGCCAGAACGGGAAGCCCGUGGUGGACGAGCGCGUCCUCAGUCAGAUCCUGUACUACCUGCCUCAGCUGUACCAGCUCAACCGGGACCUGCUGAGGGAGCUGGAGGACAGGGUGGCGCACUGGAGCGACCACCAGAGGCUGGCGGACAUAUUCGUGCAGAAGGGCCCCUACCUGAAGAUGUACUCCACCUACAUCCGCCAGUUCGACAACAACGUGGCUCUGUUGGACGAGCAGUGCAGGAAAAACCCGGCGUUUGCCGCCGUCGUCCGAGAGUUCGAGACGAGUCCGCGAUGCGCCAGCCUGGCUCUGAAACACUACCUGCUGAAACCAGUGCAGAGAAUCCCUCAGUACCAGCUGCUGCUCACAGAUUAUCUGAAGAACCUCCCUGAAGACUCGGAGGAUUACAAAGACACACAAGCUGCACUCGGCAUCGUGAAGGAAGUGGCCAACCACGCCAACGACAUCAUGAAACAAGGGGACAACUUUCAGAAGCUGAUGCAGAUUCAGUACAGCCUCAACGGGCAUCAUGAGAUCGUCCAGCCGGGCCGGGUGUUUCUGAAGGAGGGGACUCUCAUGAAGCUGUCCAGGAAAGUCAUGCAGCCGCGGAUGUUUUUUCUGUUUAACGAUGCACUAAUGUACACGACCCCGGUCCAGUCUGCGCAGUAUAAACUCAACAGUGUCCUGUCUCUGGCUGGGAUGAAGGUGAGUAAGCCGAGCCAGGAGGCCUACCAGAACGAGCUGAACAUCGAAAGCGUCGAACGCUCUUUCAUCCUCUCCGCCAGCUCGGCUACAGAGCGAGACGAGUGGCUGGAGGCCAUCGCUAAGGCCAUAGACGACUACACCAAGAAGAAAAUAACCUUCAUCUCAAGCCGGAGUCAAGAAGAGUGUCUCUCCACUCAGGCGGAGGGUGUGGUCGACAGCGGCGCCCCGUUGGGUUCGAAAGCUCCCAUCUGGAUCCCGGACCUGAGGGCGACGAUGUGCAUGAUCUGCACCUGUGAGUUCACGCUCACCUGGAGGAGGCAUCACUGUCGCGCCUGUGGGAAGGUGGUGUGUCAGGCGUGCUCGACCAAUAAGUACUACCUGGAGUACCUGAAGAACCAGCCGGCUCGCGUGUGUGAUCAAUGCUUCGCCAAGCUGCAGGAGAAUAGCGACCGCUGUGCCUCCACAUCAGUGUCACCCAUCAAAUCUGGAGCGUUUUCCUUCACGAGAAAACAGAAGAAGAUUCCCGCUGCACUAAAAGAGGUGUCUGCCAACACUGAGAACUCCUCCAUGAGCGGCUACUUAAACAGGUCGAAGGGCAACAAGAAGCAGUGGAAGAGGCUGUGGUUCGUCAUCAAGAACAAAGUCCUGUACACCUACGCCGCCAGCGAGGACGUGGCGGCGUUGGAGAGCCAACCUUUGCUGGGUUUCUUCCUGAGGGAGGAGAAGAACGGGCCGGCCCAGAAGCUGCAGUUCAAGCUGUAUCACAAAAAUACACUGUUUUACAUCUUCAAAGCUGACGACAUCCCCACAGCACAGAGAUGGAUCGAAGCCUUCCAAGAGGCCAUGAUUCUUGAACAGUAAUCCCCAUUAUUUUUUUAAAGCAGUGAAGUCAUAUCAGAGUUACCCCCGUAUUGGUCGUAGGGGUCAGAGGUCACCGGCUCAGGAAAGACUCCAGGUGGACCGGCUCCUUUAAAAAAUACAAAAACUGAACGUGGGAACCCGGCUGCUUUUCCCCCUCAAAGAACUGGAUUCUGCUUCUCUAAACGUAUUUUUUUUAAUUAUUAUUAUUAUUAUUAUUAUUAUUAUUAUUUCCUACCGACGAGAGUGAGUCGCAGCUGUGGGUCAAAUGUCAAGUCCUGAAGCACGUGUGUGGAAGUGAGACCAAACAGUUCGUCCGUGUCGCUUAAAGCCCUCGGAAAUCCUUGGAAGUCUGAAGUCUGGGAACGAAUUUCUAAAAAUGCCGCUGGGUGAAGGAAUCACAAAAAAAUAUACAAAACUCUCCGCCUCGAUUGGAGACGUUCACAUCUGACUGCGCAGUAGAGUUAAAACCUCAGCUUAUUCGAAAAACACGAUCUAAUCUCGUAAUAGUAAAUUAUGGACGUUAAUCUUCAUGGACGGUCUCUCGAGAGUUUAAUUAUGUAACGAGGUGGGAUUUUACUGUGAAAAUAUGCAACAAGCAAACAGCAAGUUCUGCUCUUUUAGAUUCAUCUCUCUGGUUUAGAGAUUUUAAUAUUUCAUAGUCCUGGUUUAAAGAAAUUUUUAAAAUAACAUCCUGGAGACAACUGGAAAUGUCACAAUUAUUGUAGAUAUUUUUUAAAUACAAAGUGCAUUUUUGCCUGUUUAGCCACAUUAGAUAUGGUUAAAGGGUGAUACUGUGUAUAUGGAUGUGAAAGAACAACCUUUUUUUUUUUUUUAUAUCACGGCCGAGAGCUAAUAUUUAUAAAAAAAAAUAAAUAAAUAGGAGGAUUUAUUGUUUUAAAAAGCGCAGGCUGCCACUUAUUCUGGGAGUCAGGGUUUGUUAGGGAGGUUUCUAUCAAAACCGUUGUUUUUUUUAUAGAAAAUGUUUUUGUUUUUUAUGAGAGAACACUGUGCAUGAACUAUAUUUCUAAGAAAAUGCUGAAAAAAAGAAUUUUGAAUCGAAAAGUUUUGCAGACUUUGUGCCUUUUUGAGAUCAGCUGCAAUAAUAUAGGUGCUUUGUUGGGAAAUGUUCACAGUUUCGGAUAAAUUUGAAUGACUACUCACUUUCUGGUCAGGGUACUCAGAAUUUCUACUAUUACAUUUGUGCUUUUCUCUCUUUUGUUGCAAACAAAUAUGUUGGUUACACAGUUGGAUCAAUUUAAAUCCUGCUUUUCUUUUCUUUUUUUUGUAGUGAAGGAAUAAAUACGUUGUCAUAGGGCUUCAUGUACCCCUCAUUCAGAUCCCAUCGAGAAUAAAUCUGUUAAUGAAGAUUCACAUCUGGAGCGACCGAGCAUGUAUUUCUCCCUGAUUGUACAUUAACAUUUGUAAACAUCAGCUCUAUCAGAGUUAGAGUCUCUUAUAAACAACAUUUCUAAACUGUCAGGCAACAGUUUUUAAUAAAAAUAUAUAUAAAUAUA